AUGACUUCGAGACCCUCAGCGUCUUCGCGACGCACGACCACAGAACAUAUCCCCAAGCCGCCAUGCAACAUCGACUCCCUCGCCGUUGUGGCCGAGAAAGUCCAGAUGACUGGCACGCAUUCCGUUGACAUCGGCGAGAAUACCAUCCUGCAUCCCUACGCAAAGAUCAAAGCUGAAGGUGGCAAGAUCACCAUCGGCAAGACCUGCAUCAUCUGCGAGGAAGUCGUCAUCGGCUUCGCUGGGCCACGUUCAGUCGAGGGCACUGGGGGUGUUCCCAUUGUUAUUGGUAAUGGUGUGACUAUCGAAGCCAGUGCUGUCGUUGAGGCUCGUAGCAUUGGGGAUGGCACUGUUGUUGAGGUUGGUGCGAAGAUUGGCAGAGGCGCACACAUUGGCAGGUUUUGUAAGAUCACACCGAUGAGUGUCAUCUUGCCGGGGGAAGAGCUGGCGGAUUAUACUGUUAUGUUUGGGGACAACCAACGCAGGGUUGAUCAGACCAUGGCUGAGCACCAGGAGAUUCGGGCGGCGAAGUGGAAAGGGCAUGUCAUGCAUGUGGACAUGCUGAAGAGGCUCAUACCUGAUGCCUCAGCCAAAUGGCGUUGA